AUGUCAUGUUUCGGACUCUGCGGUUCGGGGAGUGAGGAGGACUUGGAGCGACAGCCAUUGCUGCCUCAAUACAAUGAGGACACAGAGCGACAAACUCGGCUCCAUGAGAAGCUGCACACAUACCAAAUGCUUCGGGCCAUGUCAACGGGAUACAUGCCAUCGAAUGAACAGGUCAUCACUCACCUGAGGGCAUUGUUAUGUGCAGCUGUGUUGAACCCGUCGGAGCAGAGCAGCCUGAGCAAUUCUGGUCGCGCAUUGAUACGAACGACGCGUCUUUGGCUACAACAGUUUAUGGAUCUACUGGACGGGAAAAACUCAAAAGACCAGAUCCAAGAUUUCAUUUGGUACUUGUCUCAAACGAAGCUCGAUUUGGAUGUGAAAAAUGUAAAGCAGAACAUUGCGAAAGGCAAAGCUAAGGCAGAUGUGUCUGCGACCGUGGAGAGUCUUCGCACGGUAGUCUCCUUGGCACUCUUGAAUAGCGAUUUUCGAGUAUUUAUCGCUGAUGCGACUACCAUUGCAAGACAAGUUUUACGAGAUACCGCAUUCGCAUUAGGUGAUGUGUCAAAGGAAGUGGGCAACAAGCUGGACACAUCGGACAAGGAUCUGGAAGCACUCAAGAAGACGGAUCAAGAAGAGCAGCAGCCUGCAUCAUCUGAAGAUGUCAAGCACCAAGCAAAGGAGGUUGCUGAAACUACAUAUGAAGAAGUCACUCAAGUUGGAGAGGAAGCCUACACCAGUUUUGCCGAGCACAUGAAUGACGAGGCGCGGGAUAUUUUGGUCGGUCGUCUCAAGAGCGCAGUCACGAAUCUUCGAAAACGAAGUGACUACUCUGAGUCUGUCUCAGUCUUGUCCAAACUCUUGCAGCGUUACCUAAUGAUAUACCUGUCAAUUGGGUCGGAGGCAGCCGACACAAUUGAGGGCAACAUUCAGCACAACCGCCAAGCAGAGCAUGUGGCUCACAAUUUCUGGCUGUUGGUUUCGUCGUUUGGUGAUCGGGGGGACUGGGAUAGAGUCAAGAAGUCGUUCAUUGACUUCAUGGAGCAUAACAAGACGGAUGAGAACUUGGACGACUUUGUGAAUCAAUUUGCGAAUUUGGUUCAGGAAAUGCUCUCAAAGCCAGAGUUUUUCGACAAUAUAGAUGACAGACUUCAUGAGAUGCGGGAGCGGAUCAAGGAACUCACCUCGGGAUCAUCAAUGGGUGAGGACGCUGGCAAUCUUUUGCAUAACCUGCAGCAAGCGCUUCGAUCAACCGCCGAAGACAAGGACAUCAAAAACAUGGCAUCGACGACGUUGCGCCUCGUACAGGUUAUGUUUCCGUCCGGAGAGAUGGGGAACUCGGAUCUUGUGGGCGACUGCAUCAACGUCUUCAUACCGUUGAUGAUGCAGGCUGUACAGUAUAUUCCAAUACCGCGAUUGGAAGUAUCAACACCCGCGGCAGACAUACUCUUGGAAAACCUCAUCCUGGAGCCCGGCAAGACGGUCAAUCAAAGCUCAUUCCUGCCGUAUAACUUGCAAUUUUCCACCCGCAACGAUCUCGACAUCACCAAGGCGCAGUUUGGAACCAGCUCAUCGGUAGCGUCGUUAGCUACCAUUAAACUGGCAGGAAUGUCAAUCGCAGCCAAUGACUUGGGAUACUGGCUCCAAAUGCACUCGGGCAUCCUUCGCUUCAUGGACCAAGGGCUCACCAGCUUCCAUCUCGAUGAGCGCGGCAUAGAUGUCACGAUUGACGUGGAAAUUGGCCGCGAACGAUUGGAGCAGCUCGUCUCAUUGCGAGGCGUGCAUGUCAAAGUUCACCACCUCGACUACUCGCUCCAGAAAUCGAAGUUCUCAUGCAUGGCAUGGUGUCUCAAACCAUUCAUCCGACCCAUCCUACGGAAAGCCCUAGAGAUCCAAAUAGCAUCAGGCAUUGAAGAAGGGCUGAGGACGCUGAACCGAGAACUUGUGUUUGCACGGGAGAGACUACGAGCGACGCGUGUAUGCAACCCGAAUGAUCUGUGGACUUUUGUUCGUGCAGUCGCUGCUCGCUUGGUGCCCGCGCCGGAUCCGGAUGUCCAUACGAGGGUUGGUGUCGGGCCUGGAAAAGGUGUGUUCAAAGGUCGAUAUGCACCAGGGAGUUUGGUCGAGGUGUGGGAGAGGGAGGCUCGUGAUGCAGAACAGAACAUCUUUGAGUACCGCCAAGAUGGGUGGCGGAAUGGGAUAUUUGACAUGCACACUGUUUCUUUCGGGUGA